AGUAAGUAGUAUUGUGCCCAUAGACAAAUUCAAAACCCCUUCUUUCUGUAAUAAAUUGUCUUUUUCUUUUUUCUUUCUAUUUUGGCUGAACCACCUUCACCACCACGACCACCACCAUAGCCAUGGCUGUAAUACCUGAGCAAGUUGUGGAGACGGUGGAGGAAAUUAUGAUGACUUACAAGUCACUCCCGCCGAGACCCACCAUUGAAGAGGUGGAAGCCGCCAUGUCCGUAAUCAAAACAGUCGACACUGAGGAGCAGUUGAAGCUCGACGAGAUUUCGAAGCAAAAGCCCCCUAAAAACGUUCCUCAAGACCUUUUUGCGGUUCUCCAAGAGGUGAGGAAGACGGUGGUCUUGUUCCACAGCUAUGAACAGAGAAGAGAGGCUGUUCACGUUGUGGAGGUUGAUAGGAAGUUUCAGAUCUUUGAUGAUCUGAUUCAGAGAGCUUCUGGGUUGGUUUCUGGGGAAACCCAGAUUCGGAAACCUGGGAAUUUUAGUGACCCGGUUGAGAAAAUUGGGAGAGAUGCUGUAAUUAGUGAUGCGAGUUUGGUAAAGACGACGACAACGACGACGAAGAAGAACAGGGAAGUUGAAAUGAAGUCCGAGAAAAUUGUUCCUCUGGGUUUGGAGAGGAGCUCUUCUGCUAAGGCCUCUUUCUAUACAGGGAACUCGGAAAAAUUCAGUAUGAUGAAGGUGGCAGCUCUUAUUGAAAACACUGCAAAAAGUGGAUCACAAGUUCUUGAUCUUAAGGGAAAAUUGACAGAUCAGAUGGAGUGGCUUCCUGUGUCAAUUGGGAAAUUAUCAGAUGUGACUGCAUUGGACUUGUCUGAAAACCGAAUCAUGGCUCUUCCACCUAGUAUUUGUCGCCUCAGAGCCUUAACAAAGCUUGAUAUCCACUCAAAUCAACUUGUUAAUCUUCCAGACUCCUUUGGAGACCUGAUCAAUCUCACCAAUCUUGACCUCCAUGCGAACAGGUUAAGAUCACUGCCAGAUACUUUUGGGAACUUGAAAAAACUCAUCAAUCUCGAUUUGAGCUCAAAUGAAUUAACCCAUUUACCAGAGCUACUUGGGAAUUUGACUAGUUUGAAGUGUUUGACUGUUGAAACAAAUGAGCUUGAGGAAUUACCAUACUCCAUUGGAUCAUGCACAAUGCUUACUGAGGUAAGAUUAGAUUUCAAUCAACUAAGAGCUCUUCCAGAGGCAGUUGGAAAGCUUGAAUCCCUGGAGGUUCUCACUCUUCACUAUAACAGAAUCAAAGGAUUACCAACAACCAUAGGCAGUCUUAUGAACUUAAAGGAGCUCGAUGUUAGCUUCAAUGAGCUUGAAAGUGUACCCGAGAACCUGUGUUUUGCAACUGGCCUUAGGAAACUGAAUGUGGGGAAGAACUUUGCUGAUCUAAGAGCCUUGCCACGGUCAAUCGGAAACCUUGAGAUGCUUGAAGAGUUGGAUAUAAGUGACAACCAGAUAACAUAUUUACCAGACUCCUUCAGGUUCUUAUCGAAAUUGAGAGUUUUCCGCGCGGAUGAGACACCUCUAGAAAUUCCACCGAGACAUGUAACUAAAUUGGGUGCCCAGGCAGUUGUUCAGUUCAUGGCGGAUUAUGUUGCGAAGAGGGAGACCAAAACUAUGCCAUUGAAGAAGAAGGGAUCAUGGUUCUUGUGCUGCAUAAAGCCCCAAACGGAGUAAGUCCACGAAAGAGCACACAAGUCAUGAAAAAGUUUGCCUAGCUAGCUAGCUAAUUCAUUUGUAUCCCAACCCCCAAUGGCCUAUUGUCCAAAUCAUUCAACUAUAUAUAGUACACAAAAAAAUUUCAACUUAUGUACUUUGUUUUGUCAAAAAAUGGAUUAAGAGACCAUGUAUAUAUACAUACAUGAGAUCCUGUACGGUACAGACAAAAUGUAUUAUGUUGUAUGAUUUGUUUGAUAAUUUCUUUUUUAUGUUAAUAGAUGACACAAUAAUAUUGAGGAUGA